CUCUCUCUCUCUCUCUCUCUCGCGUGGUCCUUGCGAGAGAUUGCUCUCAUCGGAAUACCAGUGGAUCCGCCACUUUGCCUUCCUCCCUUCUCUUCUGUCAUUCUUCGUUCUCCUCCCCCGCCGGAGAUCAGUUCGCCAGACAGAGAGAUUUACGCUGGUUUUUGGUUCCUGAUCUAGCUUGAAGUCCCGAUUCGUCUGCGAUAGUGUUCGAUUUCAUGUAAAUUGGAGAAUAUUUCUCUUUAGAAUUGAUCGAGUGAGAAAUAGGAUGGCUUGAGAGGGAAAGAAGGAGAGGAAGAAAGGAGAGUCAAAGUAAGUGUUACGUAGAGUUAGAAGGAGAAGUUAGACAAUGGGAGGCAGCGAGACGGAUUCCAAGGGGCCGAAGACAUCUGCCGUGCAGGAGCAGCCACCGGCCACAAGCUCCAAUCCCAGUGCUUCACUCUGUCCUGACUGGUCUGGAUUUCAGGCAUACUCGCAGAUUCCUCCACAUGGCUUCUUCCAUUCUCCGAUCGUAUCAAGUCCUCAGGCUCAUCCCUACAUGUGGGGACCUCAGCACCUUAUGCCACCUUAUGGGACCCCACCACCUCCAUAUGUUAUGUAUCCUCAUGGAAUAUAUGCACAUCCAUCUACUCCACCGGGUUUGCACCCGUUUAGUCCUUAUGCUAUGACUUCUCCAAAUGGCAAUGCUGAAGCCCAUGGAAGCAUACCUGCAAGCACAGAAGGAGAUGCAAGAUCAUCCGAAGGGAAAGAAAGGAAUGCAAUUCAAAAAUUGAAGGGAAGUUUUGGAAGUUUGAAUAUGGUAACAGAAAAGAAUAAGAAUGAGCUGGAUAAAACAUCAGGAGCGGUUAAUGGAAUCUUCUCACAAAGUGGUGAUAGCGGCAGUGAAAACUCAAGUGAAGGAAGUGAUGCUAACUCUAAGAAUGACUCGGAACCAAAGACAGGUGGCAGACAUGAACCUUUGGAUGAGACAUCCCAGAAUGGCACAAGUGGCAUUGCUACUGCAUCAACACAGACAAAAUCACAUCAGACAGUCCCUGUAAUGCCUAUUUUAGCAGCUGGAUUACCUGGGGUAGUUGCUGGUCCCACUACAAACUUGAAUAUAGGGUUGGACUACUGGGUUGGUCCAACACCGUCCGUAAACCCUCCAGUAUAUGGGAAGGUUCCUGCAACAGUAGCUUCAGGAGCAACAGUUACUAGUACACUUGUUGGAGGCAACGAAAAGGUUGCAUCAGAGAUUUGGCUACAGGAUGAAAGAGAACUCAAAAGGCAGAGAAGAAAGCAGUCAAACAGGGAAUCUGCACGUCGAUCAAGGUUGCGCAAGCAGGUAGAGUAUGAAGAAUUGGCUCAGCGUGUUGAGGUUCUGAAGGAGGAGAAUACAGCCCUCAGAGCAGAAGUAGAUCGUAUCAGGAAAGAAUAUGAUCAACUUGUUGCUCAAAAUGCCUCCCUCAAGGAGAGGACCGGGCAGACAACAAAAGAAAAAGAAGAUUUAGUGAUAAAGGAGAGCAGCCAAUAUGCUGAUGAUAAUGCUCGCAGGAGCUUGAGUUCUGAGCCACAAGAAGGGCAAUCAGACUCUAAGCAGAGUGGCAAGUGAGAUCAUGACUGCUUCUCAGGCCUAACCCUGACUGAAUCAUAACCAUGAAUUCUUCACAGAUUGACAUAAAAUGUUCCUUGCCUGAUUGUCUUGAUUGAUCUUUUAGCAGUCAAGGCAAGCAGCAUAUAUGGCUAAAAUCAGUUGCCCCGUCACUUAGAUCAAGGCUAAGGCUAGGUGUUUUUGUUCAUUCUAUAUGACAUGAUUACUGCUUGAUAUGGAAUCGGAGGUUAUAUAGUUCCAAGUGUUGUGCUACAGCAGGUAUAGAAUAUUGAGUUAAAUAACAAAACUGUGAUCAAGUUCUAUGUUCUCCUUAUUGGACAGAAUUUAUGAAGCUUGUGUGUAUUUCUUUUCAAGAUAAAUGAAUCCUAAAUAAUUUGCUACUA